AUGAUUUUUCUCUUAGGUCUUCUACAUAUUGUAUUUAUUUUAAAAAUCAAGUAUUAUUAUUAAAAUAAAGAGCUAAUCCAAGUUAACUUCCAAAUCCAUAUAGGAAUCGAUCCAUUUUUUUAAAUAGUGAUACAAUCAAAGAUAUCCUGAAAUAAUCACCUAACAAAAAAUAAUAUUGUAAUUUAAUUCGUUAUUUCAAGCCAAUUGUGAAGGAUAAUAACGUGAUACAAAAUAUGGGACACAAUACACCAAAAAUAUUUGUCUUCAGAUGAUACUACCACUGGGUAAAAUUUAUUUAUUUAUUAUUUGA